CAGUUGAUUGACAGGGCAAUAAUAAAGCGUAAACAAACGAUGCCGGCAAUUUGUGCGUUCUUUCCCAAAAAGUAUGUGCUAGGCGCGGCAACAGCAUCCCUGAAACAAUUUCCACUGCUGCAGUCGCUUACAAACGGCUUUAAAAUUAAUUACUCCAAGUUCCAUGGCUCGAUGUCGCUGUCUGCGAUGUCGAAGCCCAUUCUGUACUCGUACUGGCGCAGUUCCUGUUCCUGGCGUGUGCGCAUUGCCCUAAACCUGAAGGAGAUUCCGUACGACAUUAAGCCGAUCAGUUUAAUAAAGUCCGGAGGCGAACAGCACUGCAAUGAGUAUCGAGAGGUGAAUCCAAUGGAGCAAGUACCGGCACUGCAAAUCGAUGGUCACACGCUUAUCGAAUCGCUCUCGAUAAUGUAUUACCUGGAGGAGACGCGUCCUCAGCGUCCACUGAUGCCGCAGGAUGUAUUGAAGCGUGCCAAAGUACGGGAAAUUUGUGAGGUUGUUGCAUCCGGUGUUCAACCGUUGCAAAAUCUGAUAGUGCUUAUUCAUGUGGGCGAAGAAAAGAAGAAGGAAUGGGCACAGCAUUGGAUAACGCGCGGUUUCCGGGCAAUCGAAAAGCUGCUCUCAACGUCGGCGGGCAAAUUUUGUGUCGGCGAUGAGAUUACUCUCGCCGAUUGCUGUCUCGUGCCGCAAGUGUUCAAUGCUCGACGGUUCCACGUAGAUUUGCGUCCGUAUCCAAUUAUUUUGCGUAUCGAUCGCGAACUGGAAGGCCAUCCCGCUUUUCGGGCAGCCCAUCCAUCUAAUCAACCGGAUUGUCCUCCGGAAGCGGCCAAAUAAGUUUCAAAUGGUUCACGAUAUCCCAUCGAUAACUGUCUCAUCAACAUUCCCGUGUUUUCACUAUGCGAGUGAAUACGCUGGUGGUUAUGGUACACAGGGCCCCGAAAGCACGUAUAAACCGAAGCACAAAUCAAUCGCAACCCACCUUUUCUCACAAAACCUCUAAAUCCUGAAACCAAUCCUAUAGGAAACUUUAUUAUGAAGUUCAAUUGCAAAUUCAAUAUUUGUUCCAAUGGCCAUAAUUCUAGAAAACCAAUCUAGUCCUUAAAAAGAAGUAUAUUGUCGACUGUGGUGACGAUCAGAUGCCAUUUACGAACUAAGAACAAAAGAGACAUAAAACAUUUUAUUUACACUAAAGAAGAGUAAAUCAACAAAGCUACAAGACAGCAAGUUGCAGGACGAAGAAACAUACAAAAUGAUGCCUCAGAUCAUGAGAUCGAACGCAAUUGAUCAGGUAAAACAGUGUUUUCUCCGUAAAAUUAACGUAACACAAUCGAAUUCAGGGAAAAUUAGUAUACAAAAUCAGUUACCACAAUAGAACGAAGGAAAAUGCUGAUUACAAAUGGGAAGGCAACCACUACAAUGAGGUGGACAGAAAUACUUUCGGCCAUUCGCUUUUAAAGUGACAAUGCCAGGAAGAGGUAAAGAAAAACAUUUACUUUAAGUUGAGCGCUAAGCGAUGGUUUAGACAACAUUGAAAGCGAUUUUAUCUUAAUCUACAAAUGCUAUGCUUUUUUAUCCACAAACAUGUUAUUCAGCAAUCAUGUACACGAUGUUGAGCAAUCGUUUGUUCAAGGAAAGAUGAAGUGAUCUUUCCGAAAAAGUGAUGAACGAAAAGAGUGAUGAGACAUCGAUAAAAAAAAGCUUCUUUGCUAUGAUGAUUUGAAAUUAUUUCCCUUUUUGCAUAUUACUUAUCAAAAAAAACAUGCCACAUACACAUAAUAUUCACACUAGAAUGUAAGACAAAGAACAUCACUACAAAAAGAAAAUAAGUGUGCGUAUUUGAAUUUGCUUUUCAACUUGGUGUGCUUUUGAAUUCACUAUCGUUUGAUAUUGUGUUGCUAAUUUUGCGUCGCAUGGCAUUAUUUACAAAUAUGUUUAAUGUGUGUGUUUGUGUUGUGAAACAGAAAACAAAACAAUAUUCCAUUAAUUCCACUGCUCCAUCCAAUUGUGAGCCAAAUGCUAGCAGCUAUAGUGAGAGAGCGAGAGUGAUUAAUAUUGCGUGUGAAUUUUUCGCGUACUCGAACAAUAAAUAUUUUGUGAAAUGCAUAUACCAGACCAGAUGAUACGCAGCAAA